CAGCCAUUGCCGUAGCCUGAAGGUCUAGGCAAGAUUUAUCGAGCUCUGGUGGUGGGUGGGAGUGCGACUCAAGCCCUGGCGAACGGUGAGUCGACCUUGCGUGGAAAAAACAAUGAGGUCCCCGUCAUCUUAGUCACUCCACGAAGCGUGCGGUGUGAGGCGUGCGAGCUGCGGGGCUGUUUUGUCUCAGUGAGCAGAUGAACUCUGGGCGCGCGGGUUUGAACUCGCGUUCACUCAAGCCGGUUGUGGACUGAUCGUGAAUCAUUUAGUUGCUUGUUUUCAUUGUGGAUUUUAGUGACAACGUGUGUUGUGUAUUCAAAGUGUGUACUUUCUAACUUUGGUUUAGUUUUUAUUACGUCGUUGUAUUAUCACCAAUACAUAACAAUUAGGCCACCAUGAUACGGUUCUUUGGCUCAGAAGAACAGGUUCGCCCGUAACAUAUUUCAAUGUCGCUUGAGCGUUGCGACAACAUUAAAGUUUAACGACAUUUUUUUAAGCUGUAACAGAGACGAACAACUUUGGAUCCUAUUGAUUCCGGUGACUCCUUUCUUCCCCACGAUUUCUGGAUUAGCUUUUCUUCAAGAAGUGAAAAUAACUCUAAUAUAUUUAGAGAGAUUUGACAUUAUUACCCACCCUCAAGAAAUCUUGCUUCUCGCUCGGAGUCGGACAGCCGUCGUUCAACUCGUCGCUGUUGCGGACUAAACGAGUGGUUGGAAGUUGGAGGGCGCCAUUGGCGGGACAUGAGGAGACAAAGCGAUAACCGGAGGCGAACAAUUGGUACCCAGUCAUCUGUAUUGUGCGCAGACGUGACGAUAUUUCGAGAGCCGCGAUGCUGUCGACAUAAUCUUCCACUUAGAUCUCCGAAAAUCUUAUGAGAUGACGUCACUUACCCACAUAUUUCAGGACGCACCAUGAGGACGUAUCCUUGUAUCGCAGCAUUCAGCUUUGUGGUUUUAUUACUCAUACAAGAUGUUAUCGCCAGUCGCCGGCGGGAGGCCUGGGAAUCCACGGAACAGGACUCCACCCCCGGCGUGCUGCCCUCCUUCAAAGAGAAGCCCACGCACGUGACCUACCAGCAGGGCGAAGAAGCCAAGCUGGAGUGUUCCGUCAACAACCUGGGCACUAAAAAGGUCAUCUGGAGGCGCAAGUCGGACCCUAACCCGUUGACCAUCAGCCGGAGAACUUUCGUGGACGACGAAAGAAUCAGCCUCCAGCACGUGCCUCUUACGCCUCACUGGCACCUCGUCAUCAAAAAUGUUCGAUUGGAUGACGCUGGUCAAUACGAGUGCCAGAUCAGUUCCAAAGACAGAGAUCUUCGUCGAUACGUUCAACUCUCAGUGAAACCUGGAAAGAUCAACCAUGAGGCACAAGCAGAAAUCAACAUUACCGGGAAAACGUAUGUGGAAAAAGACCACGUGAUCCGGCUGGUAUGCAACGCGACGGGCCACAAGCAAUCGCCGGACGAUCUGGACUGGUUCCUGAACGGUCAGAAGCUUACGACCGAUAUGGACAAAAAGGUGACAAUCCAGAAGAGUGUAUCUCUGAUGGAGAAGACCAUCUAUAGCGUGUUGGAAGUUGCGGAAGCGAAUAUGAAAGAUGCCGGCAUUUAUGUAUGUCGCACAUCCGACUUGCAGAUAGCGUCAGCCAGAGUCGAUGUUCUCAACGGUACAACCAACACGAAAAACGCAAAAAGAGGAACAGAAAAAGAUUCCUCAAAAGACAAUGCCCUGAAUGGUCAUAAAGACCAGCUGACGGGCAGUGGUACCGGCGGCGGGGCGGCUCUUCACCAGCAAUGUACAUUUCUACACCUCCCCGUCACACUCACGCUGUGUGUCGCCCUGUGGACCUUACGUCACAUAGACUUGCUGGUGUACCCAACUUGAGCUGUGAGGCGGUCAUCUUUGUGUCGCUAUCACGCCUGCUGUUAGAGCUAUUCUCAACCGUGCCAGUGGCUUACAUCUGAAAUCAUUACUUGCGUACGGUCAUGGUAUGUUUGACAGCAUUCUUCUGUGUACACAGUUUUAAUUUUUGGUAAUUUAUUGAAUCUAUUUCUUUCCUCAUCCAUGACUAUUUUCCCGGAGCAUCUGUGUUAUCAUAUCCAUUGGUGACGAAUGAUUUGAUGUGUAAAUAUUGCUCUGUUUUAAAAGCUGUUUACUUCGCAUGUGCACAUUUAAACUACUAUAAACGAAAUGGAAUCCAAACAGGGAUUUUUUUAAAGAAUCAAAUACGGUAAGGUAUUCCGUUUGCCUGCAAUAUAAAAAAGACAUGUAGCUGGGAUUUUUGUGGGGACGGAAGGGUACUUUGAGAGGAUGGUUUGCCCCCCACAACUAUAAAGGCAUAAAUAAUUGAACACAUUGGAAUGUCAUGUAGUUCUUUUAUGGCACCAAUAAUAGUACGAGAUUUUGGAAAGCAGGCAUCACAUUUUUGGUAUAACCGAAUUCUGAUACAAAUUCAGUCAAGAUAUUUUUCUUUUGACCAUAUUUUUAAUCACAUUUUGAUAUAGGCCUACUCGACAAAGGUUGUACAUUUAUCAGUUUUGCUUUAGCUGUUUCUUUAAGUAUUGCAGCUCUGGGACCAUUACGGGUAUUUUGUGGAAACACUGACUCCUGUUAGAGUAAGAAAAUUGUACCUCCAUUGAUAGUAGAAGUCGAAGCCAUGAUAAUCCCGUGGAAAUUUCCUCAGCUUUUUAGAAAUAUUCUUCUCACCAGCAUUUAAUGCGGAAAUAUUGCUCGGUACUUUUUAAUUAAGUGUAAGGUUGUACCUUUGACUCGUGCUUUUAAAAAGAAACUAUUGAAUGAAUUGAAUGCUUCAUAGCCGGCUAAUUACAGAAAUGUAUUUUUUCAAAUUUGGUUUAUGGAAAAAAAAAACGUGUUUGUCUUUGCGCUGACAGGAAAAGCUUUUCUUGGGUGGAUAGACAGUUUCGGAGGUAAAAGUUUACUUUCCAAUACUGGAGAAUGAAUACUUUUUUUUCAGCACCGGACAAACUUUUUACUGACACAACCACGAGAGUCACAUGAGUGUCGUCAAAAACCUCAGAAGACUAAAGAGCUUUUUCAAUGCCGUGAAAGCCCAUAAAAUAUGAAUUUGGGUGUUAGGUAUAUUUCACUAAAUCCACCGUAAUUGUUAUGGUGUUAAUCGUGAACGUGCAUUCUAAUCAUUUUUUUCUUCUUUUUUUUUUUUGGGGGGGGGGGGGUCAACAAAACUAUAACGAUAAUAAAUUACAUACGUGGUACAAAAGUUUGUCUAAAAGAGUGAAAAUAUGGAUUUGCUAGGAUUUUGUGCAAACUUUACAGGAAUGGCUAACUUUGUACGCCCCAUUCGGGUCAACCCUGUUUGAAGUGACAUGUUUGAUAAUGAUGGCAGGUACGUUACACUGUGCUUCUAAGAAAAUAGUGUAGCUCUUACAUCCACAUGGUAGUGAAAUAUUGUCUAGCGAAGAGCGAAGUUUGACAAGCAUUGUUUGCCUCGUAUUUGUUAUUUUGUGGCCCUAGUUGCUGUGUUGGGUACAUUCCUAUUGUAAGCCGCACUACUCUGUGAAUAAAACGUUCGUUUGUUUGUUAUAUAUUUAGACAUUGCAGGAAAAGCAAUUGUUAGGAAGAGAGAAAGAGGCAUUUAGGAUGUGUGAAAGAACAUGUUGAUGCGGGAUGUAUCAGUGUUCGGUAUGAAAGAAUUUAUAUAUAUUGAGGGUAGAGGAUCAAGCUGUCACAUCUCUGAAGGGUAUGUAAGCCUGCAGAACAGGUCGUGCCUUGUGGGGAAAUAAUAAGCUUGUGACUGUUUUAAAUGCUGAUAAAAAUACCAAGGGCGGGAAAAAUUAUAAAUGAGACACAGGGCUAGGUUCAGUUUGAGGGUGGGGGGGGGGGUCCUUGAAAUGAGGAGGGGGGGGGGGUCAUUUUGUUCGUCUGUUUGUCUUUUGUUGUUGGGUUUUUUGUGGGGAGGGGUUAUGGGCUUUUCCUAAAAAGUUUAACUGUUCAGAUAGGAUGGCUUUUUCCUCAACCCUCGAUAUAUACAUUUGGUUAAGAGUGAAGUGUGCACUGAUCAUUUUACCGUAUGCAUGUGGUUUGGGCUAUAAAAGCAACACUUUGAUUUCAUUUUUUUUCACAUUUCGGUAUUACUAUUAUCAUUAUUAUUAUUCAUGGGACAAUUCAGUGUCUUGAGCUGUGCAAUUCACUUUCAUUUCUGGUUUGUGUAGCGGUUUAUUUAUUGUUGAUGUUGCAUUGCCUAUAGUCUCAAGAGUUCGCUAUAAAAGGGAACGGGCAUAUACGAGUGACUUUAGAUAUUUUUAUAAAUACAUUUCUACACUGUGGAAUAUUUUUUCGUAGAAGUUACGUCCCGUCAUAUGAUUCAUAAUCAUUUAAUUUUAUUUCUCUGAUUUCAUUCUAUGGACUAGUCAGGGAAACCCAGCCUCUGGUGCAAUGGCACCAUUCAUGAUACCGCGUUUCAAUAUCAGUAAAAUGGCCAGCGAUCGAUUCUGAAACUAUGUUCCGUGUUUAUUACAAUUUCAAUCAUUAUUAUUGCGGUAUUUUUUUUGGGAGGGGAGGGGGAUAUUUGUUUCUUUGUUUGUUUUAUAAUUGGUCUAUGAAUAAUAUCUUCUGAAUGCAAAGCGCUUUGAAUGUUUCAUUUAUUUGAUUGAGUUUUGAAGUUGUAGAAAAUAUAAUUGAACCUGCUAAAGUCAUUUAGGGAUGGAAAAAAGCAAAGACUAGCUAUAGGUCUUCUCUGGUUUAUAUCAGGUGGUUGGGGGGGGGGGGUAAUCUUGAAACAUCUUAAGGAAAUGUGCAAUAACUCCACUUCUGAAUACACAAUCUUGCUCUCUGAAAGCCAAGCAGAUCCAUACCAAAGAAAGUGUUGGAUUGGAAUCCACAGGAUCAAGGUGAAGGCCACAUGGAACCUGGAGAAGAGUCACAGAGAAUAAUAUAAAGGAAAGUGGAAAGAGAUGGCAUAAUAUCAAGAGGUUAGCCCAGGAUAGGGAAAGGUGGAAAGUGUUUAUUCUUUGCCUUUAACCUGAUGCAGGGUGAGGAAGACAUUGGUGACUGACGCAGGGUGAGGAAGACAUUGAUGACUGAUGAUGGGGAAUGCUGAUGAGCUAAGCAAGUCGGUCUUACACUUUCACUAAAGCAAACUCGCCCUGUUCCUUGACCUGAUGAACAAGAGAUUUCGUAAAACCAACCUGGAAGAUAUUAUUUUACCGGCAAAAUAUACAUCAACUCAGCCAUGGGCUCAUCCAAUGCAUCAAAAUCCCAGAGACCUGGAACAGACAAUAUAUCCAAAUAUUAUCUCAGUGAUUGGGAUAAAGAUUUCCAUUUCCUCGUCAAAUGUCAUUCAGAAAUAUGGUCGUUCUUUUUUAUUUGAACAAAGCAUGGUAGGGAGGCGGGGGAGGGGUCGUCUUUACAGAGAUUAUGUACCUAUAUCGGCGUAUUAGUUUAUAUACGUAGCAUCAAACAUCGUUCAGGAAAGCUGUUCAAUAAAACUUAACCUUUGCCCCAAAACAACUACAAACAAACAAACAAACAAACAAACAAACAAACAAACAUGAAGGAUCUUCUAGAAAAUGUAUUGGCUCUACAGCAUCAUCCAGCCUUACACAAGAGCCAUGAAUGCCGAGAGCCGUUCAGAAAGUCUCUUGGAAUCGUCGCUUGAGAAUGUAACCAUUUAUUUCAUUGCAAGAUCAUAUUUUCAUCCCGUUUAUCUUUGUUAUUGUACUACUUCUUCAAUUAAUGACUGUUAUAGCCAGGUCCUAUGUGUACAUAAUAUUUGCUGUAAUGUUUAUAUCACUUUUAGCUGCAGUGUCUCUCUAUACAUUUGUUUGUUUAAGUCGGAAACCGAUAUGGACCUAGGACGUGCUAAAAGCAGUUUGUUUUUCCCAGUUGCUACCUCAACAGAUCCUUCACCUCAACUGUCAAACAUACCAAAAGUAUAGUACCUUGCAUCAUGGUCAAUUCUGUUUUACAAAAAAUUGGUGUGUUCGUGUUGUAAAACGGAGUCACCUGAAUCCAAUACUGCUGCUUUUACACGAUUGAAACGGAAGAAAAGGGAAAGAGUGAGAGGGAAGGGCAUAAAUAGCUUAGCUAUAACUUCUAUUAGCGGAUAAGAACGGCUCAAACAGACAGUCAGUUACGGCUGAGACAUGGUUAUCAAUUUUUAGAUUUAAUUUUGAGAGAAAAAGAUGUUUCUAAAAGGGGACAGGAGCCGGGUAUGUUCCUCUUUAGGACUUAGAAAUCCG